AUGGAUUUCACACUAUUGGUAGAUGUGUUAGCCGGUGUUACCGGAGGAUUUGCGUCCGUGUUCGUGGGCCAACCACUGGACACAGUCAAGGUGAAAAUGCAACUGUUUCCCCAGAUGUACGACGGUAUGAUCUCAUGUUUAUCAAAUACUGUCCGUCAACAAGGAUUUCGUGGUCUGUACGCGGGUAUACUACCGGCACUAGCCUCAAAUGGUGCCGAUGACGCGGUUAUGUUCGGCACUUACGGCCAGUGCCAGAAAAUAGUUGCAAAAUCAGUCGGGGUUAGCAAUACGACUGAUUUAAAUUAUAUUGAAAACGCAGCCGCGGGAAGUAUUGCGUCAGUGAGUAAAAUGGUAUUAAAUAUGGUUAAUUAG